AUGUCUACUAAUCAGCUGUCUCAAAAAAUGAGUGGGGGUCAUACUUCGCGUUCUAAUUCGCUCCCUCAAUAUAAUUCUACAACUUCACCAGUGUUUGAACUUAUGAAUAUUCCUAACCGUCUCGUAUUAGAAAAAGUUUAUCUAAAUGGUCUUCAUUCACUAAGACGUUUUGAAGUUCGCAAUAUAUCUCAAUCUACAAUACUAGUGAAAUUGCGUUCUAAUCUUGGUUCACAGAUAGCGUUUCAACUUACAAAUGAAAAUCUUCCCGACUUAAAUUCUAAAAAAGCAGAAAUGGUAGCUUCGUCUGAACUUGGUUCACCUUCUAGAUCAGAAAGUAAUAGCAGCGUUUUGUAUAAUGUUUCAUUAGAUAACUCCUUAAUUAAUAUUGCAACAAAUACCGUUGCUGCUGCUGCAGUUGGUGCAUUUGGUGAUAGUGUGAAUGGACAUGAAUUCAACCAACUUUUCAAUUAUGUAAAUCAUAUAGAUGAAGUAAUUAUUUCACCUGGAAGUUCACAAAAAGUGAUAUUGGCCUUUUUACCGGAUGCCCACCAUAAAAAUCGUAGAUCUGUGGAGGAUCUAAAUUCUCCUUCAAUUCCUGAUGAGACUGAUGAAACGAGAAUUAAUACUAAUGUUUUCACACAAUCAUCAGAAGAUGAAGAAACUCAUGAUUUUUUUGAAGUCAAUGGGCUAUUAUUCUUUUUCGCAUAUGUUAUCGAAAAGCAACAGAAUUUUGAAAGCACGGAAAUAACAAAUAUUCCAAAGGUUAAUGUCACGACAACCUAUAAGAAGAAGUCAUCUACCUUUUUAGUCCCAACGAAUGAACCCGAUCAAGUUAACAAGACAUUUAAGUCUGAAAUUGAUAACGCUCCUCGUGAUAUUGAAUCGAUAGGUAGCUCAUCUAAAGCUGAUUAUCAAAUUACUGUUAAAUUUCGUUCUACCGUUUGUCGUUCAGUAUUAUGGACGGAUGUUGGAGAAACUGGAAUUAAUUUUGAUGAUUGUGUAAAUGGGGGUACUUAUUUCAAAGACUUUACCAUAUGGAAUCGUUCUGAAAUUGAAUUAUAUUGGCUUUUAAAUACGGUAGAUUUAUCAAAUUCUGAACGUGAAGAUUGGUUAAAAUUUACAGACUAUGAUACUGGUGAAUUAUUAGAUGAUAAGCCAAUUCCUAGUUAUUCCCAUAGAAGAAUUAGAGUAACAUUUAAACCUAAAGAAAUAGGAGAAUUUAGUUAUGAUCUACAGCUUGAGAAUGCCAAUGACGCUGCUAAUACUUUACAAAGCAGAAUUAAUGCAGUUGUUAGAUCAGUUUUAAGAGAAGAAUCAUUGGUCGUUAGUAGUGGUAAUAUCCUGGACUUUGGAGAUUGCUGUGCAGGGGUAUGGAGUAAACAACAGUUGAUUCUAAAAAAUGUUAGUGAAGUACCUUUAGAAAUUCAUUUUUCAGCUGAGAAUGCAGAAGUUUUGUUCCAUUUGAAAACAGAUAAUUUGAUAGAGAAUAGUAAAGUAGAUCUAAAAGGUAGCGAUUAUAAUGCCGGAGACAUAAAUUCUUUACGUUAUCGUCAUAAAAAUGUUUCAAAUAUUACGAGUAUCAGUAAUACUCCUAUUAACACGAGCGUUACAGAUGAAGUUUCUGUCUCUGGUAGUAUAAUUGGUUCACAGGCACCAUCGGUGAUACAUGAAAUUAAUGGAUUAGAACCAUCGUCUGUAGAAAGAUUAUCUUAUACAAAUGAGUCACAAUUUUCAAGAUCGGUAAACAAACUUCGAUUCAAUAACAUCAGCGAUUCAGAUGUUGAGAGAGAUAAUGUUUCUGGAAGGAUUAAAAAUACUUUAGAGAGAGAAAAUUUGGAAAAGGAAAUUUCAGAUGGGAUAACUCAAAUUGAAGAAGUAAUUUUUGGACCUGGAAGAGAGAAAACGGUUCAAGUUUCCUAUCGUCCGGAAAAAGACUCAUCCGCUAAUGAUUUUAAAGCUGGACAAUUAACACGAAGAAACUUUCGAAUUAUUCUGCAAUAUGUGUCUGUUAAUUCAAGUUCAACAAGUAUGAGAUCCGGUGGUCAUGAACGUAAAAUUAUUCAAUGUAGAGCUAGGAGUUGUACUUCUUUUAUUGAAGUAAAUCCUAAAGAAGUGAAUUUUGGAGACACAGAUGUCGGUACUUUAAAAUCGGUGCCCAUCGUGAUUACUAACUUAUCUGAAUUGACGGCUCGUGUAGAAUUACAGUUUGUUUCAAAAGUGCUUAAUUGUACUCAUGAUGAAGUUGUUAUUCCACCAAAAUUAUCAACUAAAGUUAAACUCGAUAUGUAUCCAAGAAAAGUUAAUGUUGAUUAUCGAAAGCAAAUAACUGUUGUCAAUUUGCAAAAUCGCGAUAACGAUCAAAUCAUAGAAGUUAGAAGUACAAAUAUUGACAAAAAUGGCGUCACUUUUCACUCGUUAUUUUAUCGAAUUUUGACUUCAACUGGGAGUAAUUUUAUCGAUUUUGGGCCUACUGUGAUAAAUUCUCCAAGCAUUCGAACGUUUACUAUUGAUAAUUUUAGUGCAAAGAACUUGACGCUAGAGAUAACUUCUUCAUUAUCCGAAGAGAUAAUUAUGUAUCAAAAGCGUAUGAAAUACGAUGAUGCGAUCAGCUCAGGAGAUCGGAGUUUAGUCACUCAAAGUACUGGGGUUCAUGCUGCGGAAAGUGGAGAUAAUGAACAAAGUAGCUCCUCUAAACUUGAAAGGCGCGAAAAACUUUUAGAAACUAUUGGAAAUAAACGAAUACUAAGGAAACAACCUUCUAUUGACAUUACUAAAACGAAUUUAAAUGUUAGUAAUCUAUCAACAACAAGUUCAACGAUGUCGAAUGAGGAAAUUAAAAAAAGUCUGAACAGUAAACGAUAUAGCUCGUCUGUUUUAUCAGAUAGUGCAUCAUCAGAUUCUUCUUUAUCAAGUGCAGCAUACCUUGAUUUAGCAAGUCCCUCAUCCUUACGAUCCCCAAGGAGAAGGCCAUUAAAAAUCGCGUUGAAUAAGACGUCUGGAUUUGCUAAAUGCCUGACAAUUGGGAGGUUAAAAGAAAGUUUAGGAUCUGGAAGUACAAGUAAUACUGGUACUUUAAAGAAUACUACUGGAAUACUUAAGAGAGUAAUUGACUCAGGCGAUGAUUUAUCUCGUGAAAAAUCACAAAAAAAUCAAAAUAGUUCGAUAAACAUAUCAGAAAGAAAUGAGAAAGCUAAGAUACAUAAUAAAGAAACUUUAUCAAGUAUGCCAAUAGAAUCGCUUAUUGCUAUACUAGAAAAUAAUAAUAAUGGUAAUUCACAAUUAUUAUUCCCAAAGGCUUCUGUAGAAGUUUCUUACGUUCGCCAACAGAUGGCUCUUUUACGAGAAUUGCAAAAUCGUAUGAGAGAUCAUCAAAUUGUUCCUAUUAAAAUGAUAGAAAUUCCACCUAAGGGAGAAAGACAAAUAAUAGUAGUCUUUACUCCAAAACGACAUUUAAGAAGAAUGGUUCAAGGAUUACCAAAGAAAUGUGAUGCUAGGGUCUUCAUUCGCCUUAUUGAUUUUGAUAGGGAAAUUCAACAGCCACAAUUUGAAACUUUACUACAAGGUGACCAAAGUCUUAUUCCUGUCAGAGAACUUAUGGUUAAUACGACUAUGUGUCGUUCGAUUAUGGAUUUAGGUCAAAAGAAUAUCAAUUUUGGAAUCAUGGAUAAAAAUGAACGUCGAAGUAAAAAAAUCCUCAUUCAAAAUCGAAGCGAAGUACCAUUAUUAUACAACAUUCGAAAAUCAGGAUUAAUUUCUUCAGGUGACAUUAUGUUUAGUGCUGGACACAUGGGAGUUGUCCGUGGAUAUGGCAAAAAAGAAGUCGAAUUCACAUUUAAUCCUAGUCUUCCUGGACAAUUUCAUGAAAAAUUAGAAAUCGAAAACAUUCAAGAUAGAGAUAAUGAUCAAGUGCUGUCGGUUAAAGCUAUUAUAAGAAAGCAAUCUAAUUUUCUUGUCCAUCCGUUGAACUUAAAUUUAGAAUCUUGUUUUAUUAAUGACAAUGCACCACGAGUUCAGCAUAUCACAAUUAGUAACACUAAUAAAUUAUCUCGUAUGUUUGAAGUUCAUAUUGAUCCACAAGAUCUUAAAUUUAAAUGGUGUUAUGGUGAGCUGAGCUUUGUACUUCAAGAGGACACUGAUGGAUCUUCAAUAAAUGGUGGUCUGCUAAGUAAAGAGACAGAAGAAGAAAUUGAAAACCUUGAACAAAAAGUAAAAAUUGCAAAACGCAAAGGACGAGAAGAAAAGGUGAAAAAAAUAGAGAAAAAAUUAGCAAAGUUACGACGUGGUGACACAGGGAAAGAUGAUGACGAUAGUGAUUUAGUGAAAGAUAUUUCUCUUGGUAACAACAAUAGUGAGUCUAUUAUUAAAGAUGAAAAAUCAGAUGUUCAUAGUGACGGACAACAAACUCCACUUGAAGAUUCUUAUGUUAACGGAACGAAUAGUGAACGUCUUAUGCUUAGUAAACCAAUUUUACAUGUUGAAAAAAAUUCCGAUCAAUCUAAUAAGCGUCCUUUAAAUUCACCUAAUUUAAUAAAUGGAAAAGAAGGUCCCAAAUACAAAAGAACACAAACAUCAAUUAUAUUUCCUAUGGAACCACGUUCAUCAAAAACUAUCUAUAUUUAUUUUAAAGCCAUUGCAAUCAAUACUGAUUCGCUCCAAAUAGAAGGAGAAAAUACUAGACCUUCUCAAGAAAACAUCGUUAGUCGAAUUUACGUUCAUGAGCAUAAAAAUACAGAUAUUACUAAAACCGUUGUUUUUAAAACUACGGUUUUCUAUGAUUAUUCUAGUUACAUGCAGACAACGUCAGAUGAAACAUUCAGUAAUGAAUACAAGUCGGAAUCAAGUUUGUCAAGCCCGGCACCCGAGUCAUCGAGUGUUGUUUCGGAAUCUGUAGAGAAUGUUAAGUUUUUUACACCGUCUUCAUUACGUAAAUUAUCUUAUUUAAUUGCUUCACCACCACAAAAAGGAUCCGACAUAUCUUCAAUAAGUGUUGAUAAAUCACCUAUAAUAGAACUUACUCAAUUUGGGUUCCCACGUGCAGAAUCACCCGAACACGUAGAGCACGUACCCGAAACUGAUCAUUUGAUUUUGGAACCAGCUAUACUGGAUAUAGGAAGACUUGAGGUUAAUCAAAGUCAUAACUAUUACUUUAAAUUAUCAAAUCGAGGUGAUCAUCCAUUAAAUUAUGAAAUUAUUGUCUCAGAUGAUGAUAGAUCAUUUUUUCAAAUAAGUCAAACACAUGGAAUAUUAUCAUCUCAAGAAACUCGUCGCAUAGAUUUUUCAGUUGUUGCCACAGUCGUCGGAAGACAAACUCACAAGUUGCUAGUCCGAAAUUAUGCAACAAAAGUCGAUUGUACUUUUGCUCUUCGUGGUUACGUACAUUAUUCCCAAUAUUUACGAUUUCCAUCGCUUGCUGAUGAUGGACAAUCUGAACUAAAUUUGGGUUAUUGUUAUGUUGACCCUGGGCGGAAAUAUUCACAAGUAACACCACUAAUUGUAGAAAAUAUUUCCGAUGAUGAUGUUUAUAUUACUGGUCAAAGUAAUUUAUCAUUGCAAGUUUCCGUCUUUCUUGAUGAGAAUGGAAUACGUGGACAAGUUUCCAAGACCUUAUUAAAAAAGAAAUCAAUGACUACAGUAUGGAUUGCUUUACAUCCAAAUUUAUUAAGUGUUGUUCCUGCAACAGGAAGAAGAAAUGUCAAUACAGGAAAUACACCAGUUGGUUCAGUAAAUGGAUCAAACAUAUCCAAUGGGGAAUGCCGCGAAUUAAUCGGUGGCAUCAAAUUUGUUGUCCAUGUAAAAGAAAGCGUAAGUUCGUCAUUUAUACGGAAAGCCGAUAAUGUAAUUGAUGAAAGUGGAGACUCGAAUGAAACAGAAUUAGUUGAAGCCAUCACUCAAACUGUCAAGUUCGUUUCUUUGAUAGGCCGUUCUAUAUUGUCGGUAUCAGAAAAGUUAAUAUCUCUUGGAUCGACUACUUCUAUUGGUGAAACAUUCUAUGGUUCUUUUAUUGUUCAUAAUAUGUCCAGUCGGUUACCUUUAGAUUAUGCAGUUGAAUGUCCAAACGGAACUAUUUUAUUAGAUCGCACGUGUGGAACUCUUGACGGAUGGGAAUCUAAAUUCAAACAAUGUCGGGAAGAUAUUGACACCUCCACAAGUGAAAGUAAUUUGAUUGAUAAAUCAACAGCUUUAAUUAAUUUUAGAGUUACAACAUCAAAGUAUGGACUUUUCAGGGAUAAAAUUAUUGUUACCAAUAAAAAUAAUGUAGGUCAAAACGUUGAAGUAGAAGUUCGUUUGUUUGUUGACAACAAUUCACUUGAUUUUUUGACUAAAGAUGAUAGCUCUAUAUCAAAGAAUAUUUUUUCCGAGAAGGCACCAAUGGGUCUUAAAAACAUUAAAGAUUUUGGUAAAUUGCCUAUGCUUUCUUGGGAGAAUGUUUCCACAACGGUCGUUGUUGGAUCCGAAUCGAAAAUGACGAACUCUAACUUAGAAAGUAAAUUAGAUCUUAAAGCUGUUAUUCAAAAAGGAUAUCAGGCAACAGCAAUUCCGUUAUAUGAACAUUGUGUUGAGAUUUGUAACAAAUCAUCAACUGACAUUGUGCAAAUUAGUCCAAGGAGUGAUUUAGAUGUUAAAAUCAGAUGGGGACCCUUUGGAGAUACAAGAAUUAUUCAAGACUAUAAUGAGAAAUUAGAUGCCAUUGAUUCACCAUUUCAUAUCUGUGGACCUUUUAUUGAAUUGAAACCCGGAAAUAAGACUCAUCUUUAUAUAAGUUGUCCACAACCUAAUUCUUUAACUUCUGAGGAACUUAAGUUAAUUGAAGUUGGAAAAAAAGUUAGCAUUCAAGGUGUACUCCUCUUGAAUGAUGAAAUACAAAAGCUUACAGUAAAAUUAAUAGAUUUAAAUGCCAAGUUUUGUGUUCCAAUAGGCGAAUUAAACUCGAGCGUAAUAAAUCUUGGAAAAUUAGGACAUUCAAAUUCUUGGGCAGGAAGUGAAUUUAAAUUCAUUUUGCGCAAUAUAUCGGAAAUUCCUUUACAUUAUGAAUUACAAAGUCCCGACUGUAUUGAAAUUUUAGGAGUAAUGGAUGAUGGUUCAAAUGUUCAGAACAAAGGCGUGAUUGCUUCGAAACGCACUGUGGAACCACUUAUUGAUCAGAUCAUAACAGCAGUUCUUAAGCCCCGUAGGAUUAAAAAUUUCUCUGCUGGCGAACGGACAUUUUCCGUUAAUGUUCUAAACAUGUAUAAUCCUUACAAUAUAAUGACUUUGAACAUCCAAGCUACUCUUACUUUAUUUGAGCUUAAAUUUGAUCGGUUAAUUAAAGGUGAACUUGUAUUGCCUUCUCUUUAUCAUCCUCUCCCUCGAUCAGAUUAUGCUUGUGACGCAUGGUUUACAAUUCACAAUAUAAGUGAAAAAGAUAUUCGCUUUGAAAUUGGAGUGGAACUUGCUCCUUAUAUUUCUAAUUAUAUUAAAAUUGAUAUACUUUCAAGAUUUUCAAAUUCACCAUUAAUUGGUAGUGUUUCUAUUAGCGCUCACGGCUCAAUCGAAGUUAGAGUUCGUGCUUAUCCGAUUGAAACCAAUCGUAUACCUCGUGAAUCUUCUUAUCUCAUUAAUCCUGAUGGUGUUACUUUUGGUAAACUUUGGGUGGCUACAAAACAAAGUUAUGAGGAUGAUAUUCUGCAGAGAGUGGCUGAGAAUAUACCAAUACGUGGUGUUAUUACAGAGUCUCCCACGUUUUCCGUUUCAACCAAGAAGAUACGCUUUAAAACAGAAUUAUGUUAUUCUGAUGGUGAAAUUACUAAUGAUGUUAGUAAGAGUAAACGUAAAUCAUCACUGAUUCUGAGACAUAAAUUAUCUCCUUCGAGCCAAGAUAAACAACUAAUUGAAGAAUCAAAUGAUUUUGAAGAUAUUUUACCACAAAGAGAAUCCAUUAUAAUAAAAAAUUUGUCAGAGAAAAUUCCAUUAUCUUUCAAAGUACACAUCGAAGGACCAAUGGAACUUUCCGCUAAAGAGAUUAUCAAUGUCUUUCCAAUAGAUGAUAAUGGAUGUGGAACCAUAGAACCCGGGAAAUCAUUCAAUUUAGAAAUUGAAUUGGUUGAUUCUACAAUAGCAGUUUCAGAAGAUAUUAAGAUUCGUAUUAUAGAUCUUAAUUCUUUAUCUAGUCAUGAUAAAAUAGUUCUUGUUGGUAUUGAAUCUGUCGCUCGUGAACCUCGUAUAGUUGAAGAAAUUCCCGAUUCAGUACCUGAAAAAUCAGUGGAAAUAGGUCAUAAAAAUUUGAUGGUUUCGCAGGAAAGGCAAUACUCUUACCAGGACAUUUCAUCCGAUUUACCUUUCAUAACCUUACGUGGAUGCAAAAGGAUUGGAGAAGCUGUAAAAAUUGGUGGUCGUUAUGAACUUAGUUUAGGUCAACAAGAUCUUGGAUUAACUUCUAUAGUAAAGAAAUUGACUCUUGAAAAUACCACCUCAAAAAGAGUUUCAUAUCGAAUUAAAACUGUUUCAACUAGUGAUAAGGCUUGGUUAAAUAUAAGUCGGACUGAAGGCACAUUAGAAGCAUCAACUGAUCGUCAAUAUACUGACGCACAUACGAUAACUUUGAGUUUUUCCACGAGCAUGCGGAAUGUUUAUUCAACAUAUUUGAUAAUCGAAAAUUUGAAUAAUCCUUCAGAUACCAAAACUAUCAGGGUUAUGAUGGAGGUGGUUGCUAGACAAAAUUUAAGGAGAGGUGCCAAUACUCCAGUAGCUAGUAAUCAUGUCUUCGAUAUAUACGUGAACGGUGUGGACACUAGCCAAACACGAAUAGAAAUGCUGAAUUUAUUUUAUGGUUCCGAAUACUCUGCUCGUAGCAUGGUCAUUUAUAAUAGGGAAACCGUACCUUUGGAAUUUUCUUUUCAAACAAAUCUGGAUUAUGAUGAUCCAACAGAAAUUUUAUUUUCUACUUCGAGAAUGUCAGUUAAAUUAUUUAAAACACUUACCGUGGAGCCAGGAAGUAAUGUUCGAGUUUAUAUACGACUAAGACCUCUACCUUCUCGAGAAUUACAAGAAUAUCUUGAUGGUGGCAAUCGGAGAGAUCCAAAUUUAGUAGAAGAGAAAGUCAUAGAAAUUUAUGUGAAUUGUAGACUUGUAAAAGAUUAUCAGCAGACUUUAUUACUUAAGGCAGAAUGUAGAACGCCAUCUUUACAUGUUGAUUAUAAUGAUAUGGAGGCUUUUAUGGAAUUUCGCGAAAUAAAAAUCAAUAAUUUACUUGAUACACCUUUGGAGUAUGAAAUUAUUAAUGACACGAUGUAUUUUAGUUUGGAACUGUGCAAUGAUGUCAAAGAAGUGGCUCCUAAAUCUUUUCAUAACGUUUUGGUACGACCUAAUUUAAAGUCUUUGAUUAAGAAUGCCGAAAGCGUUCGAAGGGAAAAAUAUAUACAAGAAAAUGUGACCGUUUAUAAUAAAAAGCGACCUUCUGAAAAUUAUUGGGUUCCUUUAAGAAUAAGUUUUGGACAUAUCUCAAGUUUUCAAUUGGCAUCUGGUUAUAAAUCAUCGUAUACUUACAGCAUUCUCGAAAAUCACACUGUUCGCUUUUUAAGUAAUUUUAACAGUAAUACAAAACUUUUUGCUACAGUUGAGACUAAUGAUGAGGAUAAAAAGAAAAUGGUUGACCUUGAAUUCCAAUAUUUGUACAUUGUUGAUCAACUUGUAUACUAUGCAACAAUCAAAAGUGGUGAAAAUUGGCUUCAAUUGGCUAGUUUAUUAUUUGGAACUGUUUUAGGAAACAAGAUAUUUCAACAAUAUGGACCAUCUUAUCUUAAACUUCCUGAUCCAACUUCAACAGAUACAGAGAUAAGAGUAUGGUCGCCUAUGUUAGCCAAAUGG